UAGCACCAAGGAAUCCCGGCGUGGAUAGCGCGAGGGAAAAGAUGGCGGCGAUGGCGGUCGGUGGUGCUGGUGGGAGCCGCGUGUCCAGCGGGAGGGACCUGAAUUGCGUCCCCGAAAUAGCUGACACAUUGGGGGCUGUGGCCAAGCAGGGGUUUGAUUUCCUCUGCAUGCCUGUCUUCCACCCGCGUUUCAAGAGGGAGUUCACUCAGGAACCUGCUAAGAAUCGGCCUGGCCCCCAGACACGAUCAGACCUACUGCUGUCAGGAAGGGUCUUUGUCUUUCUUGGAUGGGGGAGUGCAGACUGGAAUACGCUAAUUGUGGGAAAGCUUUCCCCAUGGAUUCAUCCAGAUUCAAAAGUGGAGAAGAUCCGCAGGAACUCCGAGGCGGCCAUGUUACAAGAGCUGAAUUUUGGGGCAUACCUGGGUCUUCCAGCUUUCCUCUUGCCUCUUAAUCAAGAAGAUAAUACAAACCUGGCCAGAGUUUUGACCAACCACAUCCACACUGGCCACCAUUCCUCCAUGUUCUGGAUGCGGGUACCCUUGGUGGCACCAGAGGACCUGAGAGAUGAUAUAAUUGAGAAUGCACCAACUACACACACAGAAGAGUACAGUGGAGAGGAGAAGACAUGGAUGUGGUGGCACAACUUCCGGACUUUAUGUGACUAUAGCAAGAGGAUUGCAGUAGCUCUUGAAAUUGGGGCUGACCUGCCCUCUAAUCAUGUCAUUGAUCGUUGGCUUGGGGAGCCCAUCAAAGCAGCCAUUCUCCCCACCAGCAUUUUCCUGACCAACAAGAAGGGAUUUCCUGUUCUUUCUAAGAUGCACCAGAGGUUGAUCUUCCGGCUCCUCAAGUUGGAGGUGCAGUUCAUCAUCACAGGCACCAACCACCACUCAGAGAAGGAGUUUUGCUCUUAUCUCCAGUAUUUGGAAUACUUAAGUCAGAACCGCCCUCCACCCAAUGCCUAUGAACUCUUUGCCAAGGGCUAUGAAGACUAUCUGCAGUCCCCACUCCAGCCACUAAUGGAUAAUCUAGAAUCUCAGACAUAUGAAGUAUUUGAAAAGGAUCCUAUCAAAUACUCCCAGUACCAGCAGGCCAUCUAUAAAUGUCUGCUAGACCGAGUACCAGAAGAGGAGAAGGAUACCAAUGUCCAGGUUCUGAUGGUGCUGGGAGCAGGCCGGGGUCCCCUGGUGAAUGCUUCACUGCGGGCAGCCAAGCAGGCUGAUCGGCGGAUAAAGCUGUAUGCUGUAGAGAAAAACCCAAAUGCUGUGGUGACGCUAGAGAACUGGCAGUUUGAAGAAUGGGGAAGCCAAGUGACAGUUGUCUCAUCAGACAUGCGGGAAUGGGUGGCUCCAGAGAAAGCAGACAUCAUUGUCAGUGAGCUUCUGGGUUCCUUUGCUGACAAUGAACUGUCACCUGAGUGCCUGGAUGGAGCACAGCACUUUCUGAAAGAUGAUGGUGUGAGCAUCCCUGGGGAGUACACCUCUUUUCUGGCUCCCAUCUCCUCCUCCAAGCUGUACAAUGAGGUCCGAGCCUGUCGGGAAAAGGACCGUGACCCUGAGGCCCAGUUUGAAAUGCCUUAUGUUGUACGGCUGCACAACUUUCACCAGCUGUCUGCGCCCCAGCCCUGUUUCACCUUCAGCCAUCCCAACAGAGAUCCAAUGAUUGACAACAACCGCUACUGUACCUUGGAGUUUCCUGUGGAGGUGAACACUGUGCUACAUGGGUUUGCAGGCUACUUUGAGACUGUACUUUAUCAGGACAUCACUCUGAGUAUUCGUCCAGAGACUCACUCUCCUGGGAUGUUCUCAUGGUUUCCCAUCCUCUUCCCCAUUAAGCAGCCCAUUACCGUGCGUGAAGGCCAGACCAUCUGUGUGCGUUUCUGGCGAUGCAGCAAUUCCAAGAAGGUGUGGUAUGAGUGGGCUGUGACAGCACCAGUCUGUUCUGCUAUUCACAACCCCACAGGCCGCUCAUAUACUAUUGGCCUCUAGCCCUGUGUGCAAGAGUCUAGAGCCUUGGAAGCAGCUUUGGGUUCUGUUCCUACAGAAGGUGCCGUACAUUUAUGGGUGCAGUACAUCUACGAAUCCCUUUGUCCAUCAGAGAGGAGCAUUUCCAUUUGUUUUCGUACCUUAUAUCAGGGUGGGCAAGGGAUAAAAAUUGCAGAGCUCAAGUGCCAAUCUGUGAAGGCCUCAGACCAGGUUGUGUGAAAUUAGUAGUGUUGGAUCUGAAGCUACAUCAACAGGCUUCAGCCUCAGGAGCUUUGUGGAAUAACCCUGAGGACAUGUGGAUUGAACAAAUUUUCAGCUCUUCCCUGCCCCCUCUAUUCCUGUUUUGAUGGUUUUGUGUAAGAGGAAGUACAAAUAAAGUGAAGUUAUGGCCCUUUCCUGCUCUA